CGGAGUCACCUCUCCCCUCUGAGCCUCCGCUUUCCUGUCUGUAAAAUGUGACCAUUGAUCUAAAGGCUAUGAGAAGGUCGAACAUGGGAUUAAUGUUUAAUCCCAGGGAAAAUCUGAUCAGGAUGGUGUUCGACUGAGUCAUGGGCCAGGCUGUGUGCAUGUGUGGGGAGGCCCUCCGCCCCCGGUGAGCGAGGCUGGCCCGGCUGAGCUAAGGAAGCACCCAGCCUUGGUUCUUCUCCCUGGGGUUUCUCAGCCGGAAUGUCCGGAAUGUCCGUCAGGCCCCAGCAGAAGGCCUCUAAUCUCCGCCAGAAUCUCCGGGACAUGCUGAAGGCUCCCAGGAUGAGCGGGCGAAACUCAGGAGGCCCUGGCAGCCGCUUGGCCUUGGAGAGGAGCCUGAACCAGGCCCUUUGGGAGCUGCAGCCCAGGUUCUGCCACGCAGCCCUCCCUCAUCUCUGUGACUUCCUGCAGAACCACUUCCUGGAUGAGGAGGUGAAACUCAUCAAGAAGAUGGGCGACCACUUGGCAGACCUCCGCAGGCUGCCCAGCCCCCGGGCUGGGCUGGGCUGGGCUGGGCUGGGCUGGCCAACAAGCCUCAGGGCGGACCCCUCCCCUUCCUACACUGGGCCUGGGGACGGGGAGGCUGGAGUUGGGUACCUGGCGCCCUCUCCUGGACACCACAAGCAACUGCCUCUUUAA